UUAUCAGUCGACACAACGCUAUUGUUCUCACGCGACUUUCUCGGCACAGAAAAAUCGCAUUAUCUCAAUAAAUUUCAAUGAAAUAAUAAAAAAAGAAAUUCAUAACGUGUUAUUUUCGUUGAAUUUGUUUUGAUAAACAACGUUAGUUUACAUUUUAAUGGCACCGACGUGUGUGCGUCACUUUAGUUUGUGAUGGAAACCUAUUUUUGAAACAAGUGUGAUAUAGAUAAGUUUGUGAUAAUUGAUGUGGCUAUCAUUUAUGGGUUUUUAGCCAUUUAAUGUUCAGUUGGAGUAAAUAAUUCGACGAGAAUAGCUGGAAUAACAUUUCGGAUUGAAUUUAAUUCACAGCAGAACCAUUGGUGACCAGUUGGUAUUUGGAUUUUCCAUAUAGAAACUUUUGGUUUCUAAUCGAUAGCGAUUGACGAAAAACACACAGUGCAAAAAAAGUGCUACACAUUGAACGAACGUAAACAAAAACUUAUAUUAAGUCAAUACGCCCACUGGCUAAAAAUGCAUUUUCAAUGGAUCGUGAUUCAUUUAAUAUGCAUUGCAAGCAUGGCAAGUGCAUUGAACGGCCCACAAAUAACCGAUGUAUUUGAUUAUCAACCACAACAAAUACACAUUGCAUUCGGUGAAAAUGUGAACGAAAUCGUUGUCACGUGGUCAACAAUGAGCGAUGUUGGAGAGAAUGGUGCGAUUGUUGAGUAUGGAAUCAAUGGAUUUGCACUAAAGGCAUACGGUAGCACAGAAAAAUUUGUUGAUGGCGGACCGGCACAGCACACGCAAUUUAUACAUCGGGUCUCGUUAAAAGAUUUAACGCCGGAAAUGCGUUAUGUUUAUCACUGUGGCAGCGACCUGGGCUGGUCGGCGGAAUUCUCAUUCCGAGUUCCUAGAACAGAUAGCGAUUGGUCACCACAUAUUGCCCUCUUUGGUGACAUGGGCAAUGAGAAUGCACAAAGUUUGCCACGACUUCAAGAUGAAGCAGUAAGUGAGAUGUACGAUGCCGUCAUUCAUGUUGGCGACUUUGCAUAUGAUAUGCACUCGGACAAUUCACUGGUUGGCGAUCAGUUUAUGCGACAAAUAGAGCCCAUUGCCGCUUAUUUACCGUAUAUGGUUGUACCGGGAAACCACGAAGAACGAUAUAAUUUUUCAAAUUAUAGAGCACGAUUCUCAAUGCCACAUAGCACGGAGAAUAUAAUGUACAGCUUCAAUCUUGGACCCGUACAUUUUAUCGGAUUCUCGACGGAAGUUUAUUAUUUCAUGAACUACGGCAUUAAGACGUUAAUCAAUCAGUAUGAAUGGCUUGAGCAGGAUCUCAUCGAAGCCAAUAAACCAGAAAAUCGAAAGCUGAGGCCAUGGAUCAUCACCUACGGUCAUCGCCCGAUGUACUGUAGCAACGACAACGGAGACGAUUGCACACAUUUGGAAACAUUGGUACGAGUUGGCAUACCGUUUACACACUUUUUCGGAUUGGAGUCAUUAUUUUAUAAGUAUGGUGUUGAUGUUGAGAUUUGGGCUCAUGAACAUUCAUAUGAACGUCUUUGGCCAAUUUAUAAUUAUCAAGUUUUGAAUGGAUCAUAUGAAGAACCAUAUACAAAUCCAAAGGCACCAGUACAUUUGGUGACAGGUUCGGCAGGUUGCAAGGAAGGCCGCGAACCAUUUGAUAAAGUAAUUCCAAAUUGGAGCGCCUUUCAUAGCCAAGAUUACGGCUACACACGAAUGAAGGCAUACAAUCGGACGCAUUUGUAUUUUGAGCAAGUAUCAGAUGAUAAAGAGGGUGCCAUAAUCGAUAGUUUCUACAUAAUAAAAGAUAGUCACGGUCCCUAUCAGAGCAUGAACGAAGUCUAAAUCGAAUUUUAAUUUAACACACCAUUACCAAAGAGAGGCAAAUUGUAUUAGGCAUACCUUAACUUUGAUAGUUUUAUUAACCAGUACAUGUGCAUCACUAAAAACAAAAGCUAUUUAGUUUAAAAGAAAACACGACCAUUUUGUAUUAAAUGUAAAUGUCUAAGAUUUUUUUUUGUUAAAAUUUAUUUGUAAUUCAAUAACGAGAAUAAUUUACAAUAAUUUUUUUCUUCUUUUUAUAUAAUAAACUGAAUUUUAGAAUGAGCUGUGGGUAAAAAGUGAUGUGCGACACGGAAGCAAGCCAUACGAUUAAAUUUUGUAUUUUUUUAUAAGCUCAAAGAAGUCCUGCUUUAUCAUUCCAAUUUUUUAUUUUUUAUUUCAUAUUUUUGUUCAUUGGCUCCUUGGUCCCGGUCGCUCAUCACUUCUCCACCCCUGACUUGCUCUGAAGUAUUAAAAACGUAAAAAGACAGAAAGAAUAAAAAAAAACUUUUCUAAAUAUAAUAAAUCUGUAAAAAUUUG